UCGUUGGGAAUGGCAUUUGCCUCCUCUAGGCCGCCCCUCUGCCCCUCUCCUUCUGAAGCUCCUUAAAGGGAUAGAGGAGGCCCCUGUUCCCUCCCCUAAAACCCCCUUCCCUAACUUUGGGCUGGGCUCUCAUUUAGUCGUGCUUGGAGAAGAAAGCAGCAGAACAUUAAAGGCGAUAAAAAUAAGUCCAUAAUAAGUCGGCCUUCCCAAACCUGAUGUUUUCCAGAUGUUGAACCGCUGGCUGUGCUGGCAGGGGCUGAUGGGAACUGGAGCCCCACAACUUUCCAAGGGUUCCCCUCCCCCCCCAUUACUGCAUUGGUCUUUUCCUCUCCUUGGUGCAUCAAAUGACCCUAUUAUUGGAGACCACCAACAUCUGGAGGUUGCUUAGGCUGCUUAAUAUGCCAUAAUUAAUUUGUUUAGUCAUUAAGGUGCUGCAAAUCUGGGUUGUAUCUAACAAAUCAGGACAAUCCAAGAAACAUGACGGUGAACACAACAUCACUCUCUUUCAGAAAUAAGGCCAUAUUGGCACCUAUGGUCAGGGUUGGGACCCUACCAAUGCGACUUCUAGCUUUGGAUUAUGGUGCUGAUAUUGUAUACUGUGAGGAGCUGAUUGACAUAAAGAUGCUGCAGUGCAAGAGAGUUGUAAAUGAGGUGCUUGGAACAGUGGACUUUGUUGCUCCCAAUGAAAGAGUUGUGUUCAGGACCUGUGAAAGGGAAAAGGACCAUGUUGUCUUUCAAAUGGGGACAGCAGAUGCUGAGAGAGCCUUGACUGUAGCCAAACUUGUAGAGAACGAUGUUGCUGGCAUUGAUGUCAACAUGGGAUGCCCCAAAGAAUAUUCCACUAAGGGAGGAAUGGGAGCAGCACUUCUGUCUGAUCCCGACAAGAUAGAAUCUAUUCUGACUACUCUUGUCAAAGGCAUUUCUAAGCCAGUGACCUGCAAAAUCAGAAUCCUGCCGUCAAAAGAAGAAACAAUAAGUUUAGUGAAGAAGAUAGAGCGGUCUGGUGUUGCUGCUGUUGCAGUUCAUGGAAGGAAGAAAGAAGAGAGGCCUCAGCAUCCUGUCCACUGUGAUGUGAUCAAAGCCAUUUCUGAAGCAGUCUCUAUACCAGUAAUAGCCAAUGGAGGCUCUCAUGACUUCAUAAAAGAAUAUUCUGACAUAAAGGUCUUCCAGCAAGUAACAGCAGCAUCUUCAGUCAUGGUUGCUCGUGCUGCCAUGUGGAACCCCUCUGUCUUCAGGAAGGAAGGUCCAUGGCCCUUAAAGGAUGUCAUGCAGGAAUAUAUCAAAUAUGCAGUGAGAUAUGAUAACCACUACACCAACACCAAGUACUGCUUGUGCCAGAUGUUAAGGGAGCAAUUAGAAAACGCACAAGGGAAGAAGCUACAUGCAGCACAAUCCAUGCAGGAAAUCUGUGAAGCUUUUGAGAUGAGCAGUUUUUACCAAGAAACUUCUGCUCUUUUGGAAGCCAAAAAAGCAUCUUUAGAAGCUAACAACCAAGAUGAAGAAGACUACAGUGAAGAUUCUGAUGUCAUAAAAAUGGCUGUUAAAUUUGAUAAACGAGAAUAUCCCCCACAGAUCACACCCAAAAUGUGUCUCUUGGAAUGGUGUAGGAAAGAAAAGCACCCUCAGCCUGUUUAUGAAACUGUCGAAAGACCACUAGAUAGACUCUUCUGUUCUAUCGUGACAGUAGCAGAACAAAAGUACAGAUCAACUUUAUGGGAAAAGUCAAAGAAGUUAGCAGAACAAGCUGCAGCUAUUGCCUGUUUACGAACCCUUGGCCUCCCAGAAGGGAAAUGGAAUGAAGAAGCAAACCAUUUGGUUAACAAACGCAAGAGGCAAGACCAGGAAAACUUGAACAAUGGAGAGCACGGAAAUGACCUUGUAGCCAAGGCUGCUUGCAAAAAAACUCAUUUUCUUCCAGGCACUUCUAACCCCAGUGUUUCUUAAGUGUUGCGAUGGUGUGGAAACAGCCAUUCUACAACUAUGCAGCUUGCCCCACUUGCCCUCUAUUUCUUCUGGAUGCAGUCCGCUGGAACAGACAACUCUGGAUUUUGAAUUGUAUGAUAUCAUUGGCUUCUUUCUGCUCUUCCUUUGAUGCCUUUGUAGCUUGCAGUUUCAUUGAGAAAAGACAAGAUUGGCUCUGCAUUGAAUUCUCUUUUCCAGUAAAUGGGGGGAAAGUUAAUGUGUGUGUUUAAAUAGUCCUGCAGUUUUCCGGUUUGAAAUGAUGUUCCUACACAGCAGUCUUCAGUCAGUUAGCCAGCUGGUUCUCUCUUUGGGAAGAGCUCAGUGACACAAAGGAGCUCAAGGGCAGUAACCCCAGUGUCACAUAUAUAUUGAAUCUAUUACCUAUUUAAUAUCUGAUGUUUGGUUGCAGGCUGGUGAGAAUCUUAAUACAGAUUUGUAGCUAAGGAGGGAAGGUGGCUAGGGUGGAAGCGGAUCUUGCUAUACAUCAUUUCCUUACCAUUUACAGCAGCAGAAGCCAACAUGGUGGACUUUGGAUGCUGUUGAACUACAGUUCCUAUCAGCCCCUUCCAACAUGGACAGUGGUUGUGAAUGAUGGGAGCUGUGGUCAUAUAUGUGGAGGGCAACAGAUUGGCAACCCUUUUUACAGAAUGUAUCUUUUUAAGCUAUAUGAAAUUCUGAAUUCCAGUUCAAAAAAAGUGUACAUCUUGUUAUUUGUCUGUCUUCUGUAAGUAUCAAUUAAAAACUUGACCCCGUCUC